UUAUCAUCAUCAGCUUACUACAAUGCUUCUCUAAUACUCGCUUAUGCUGGCUCUCUUGGCUCGCACAUUUGUUUUACUAUAAAUAGCUCUAUCUUUUGUAUGGAAUUAGAUAUAAUAGAUAGUGUACGGAUAAUAUAAGAAGCAGAUCUUGAUACACAUAAGAUUCAUAUGUCUCCAACAUAUUCAUCCGUGACACCCAUUCUGACAGAAAUCCAGCUAUGCGACCCUUGAACUUCUCAAAAUCACCGAUCAAUUCCGCUGCGAAUAAUCCUGUGAGAGGUGAGAUGUGGUGAGUACUUGGCAUCGUCUCUAUUGAGACAAUGCGGUCAAGAUGGGAGCGCCAGACCUACUUAUGUUCUAGUCACACAAGGCUCAAUAAAUGUCCUAGUAUGUCCAUUUGUUCGUUCUUUAGUGGUAGAUGAUUGAUAUGUCAUAGAACUUCGCGGAGGUUUUGCCUCACCCGACGUGUAAGAGGGGUGCGGGCGGGGGGAAGGGGGGGAAAUCGUGGAAUAAAUCGCGGGGUGGAAUAUUAACGAUAGGGUGCAACGGCCGCCCCACAGCGCAGGUAGGGUGGAGCAGAUUGGUGGAGCUGGUCGGGCAGAACAAUCAAGUUAUUUACAGCCCCUGGAUGAUGUUGAGUCUUGUUGUCGUUAAACCUUUGAAGAUAGUUACUCCUUUGUUCGUGGUUCUCCUUGCCCCACCAUGGGGCAAGAGUCACAUGCACACCACCUUUUCGCAGCGUUUUUUUGACAGCAGUUUCGAUUUGGAAGCGUAAAAAACAAAUCAUUCGACAUGCGCUUGGAAGAUUGGCUGUUCCGUGAAUAUCCCGCCGAUGCAAAAAUCACACAAUCUUUGCAAUCCGUCAUCACCAGGAAACAUUUGUACAAAAUACUGGCUGCUGGAGUGUGCUGGGGGGAGAGCCCUCGUUCUCGCCGUCUGCCAGGUAGUCUGGCUCUGGGAUUGUGUAUAUUUCGCGGUGUAAUCCAGUUUGACUUAUGAUUACUAAUACCUAGUUUAAUCCUAAAUAUUUCGCUUCUCCCCACCGCUAGAGGAUUCUCGCCUUUCUCUUAAAUUCCUCGUACUCAUUUCGCUUUUUGAUAUAAGUCUUUAUCCCCCUCUAAUGGCCGAUAACAGUUCAUCAGAUUACGAGGCUCUCUACCGCAGAGCGGAAGCGGAACGAAGGCAGGCAGAAGAGCGAGCGGCACGGGAAGCAGAGUUGCGAAGGCAAGCGGAAGAAUUGAGAAGGCAGGCAGAAGAGCGAGAGGCAGAGGAAAAAGUGCGCAGCCAGCCGACAACACUCGGAGAGCUCAUCAAAGGAUGUCAUGAUUCAUUCUCCCGGCCUUUGCAGGUUGGAACGCCAUCCCGCUCCACGAAGGGGAGUAUUCCAUCACCCACUGGGAAAUACUGUCCAACGAGCCUUCGCCUUUGGUCAAGCUGUCCGGUUCAACUGCAAGAAAUUUAUGAUGCAGUUUCCACUUACCUGCAACCAGCUGGAAAAGACGCACCUCGGCUAUUCACAUCUCUUCUUGUGCUAAAUGAACUUGGUCGGCGGUAUUCUAGCCGAAAACUACGAAGUGAAAAGGAUCUGGAACAUUACGAGCGAACCGCUGUGGAAGAUCAUGUCCAUGAUAUCAUAGCCGAGCUAUGCAAAAUACCUGAUGCCCGAGAGAGAUUCCGGCUUGGAGAUGGGAUCCUGUUUGAAAAUCAUGAAAAUAUUCUACAGAAAUCAGAAGAGUCAGAAGUACAGCUGCUUGAUGAGUCCAGCACAAAACAUCCCAAACCAGAUUCAUUCUGUAUUCAUCGGAUCAACGAUUCCACCAAUACUUUGAUUACGACAGUCGAGUAUAAGCCGCCACACAAGCUCUCGGUUGAAAAUCUCCGAGCGGGCCUUCGAUCGAUGAAGCUCUGGGAAGAGAUUGUUCAGUCAGACACGAUCCCCAAGAGUGAUGAGCUGAACAAGGAUGAAAAGCUGAGAUAUAAUGCGGAACAGCUGACUUGCUCAGUUUUGGUUCAGGAGUAUCAUGUCAUGAUCCAAGCUGGACUGGAGUACUCCUACAUAACUAAUGGAUUUGCUAUCGUUCUUCUUCGUGUUCCAUACAGCGACCCUAGUACACUCUAUUACUAUCUCUGUGAACCAAACAUGGAUGUGAUUUCAGAAAAUCCUGGGGUCUUUUAUCAGUCAAAGACAGCUAUUGCCAGAAUAUUAUGUCUCUGUCUGAUGUCCUUUCUCUCGGAUAUCCGUGACCAGAAGUGGCGGAAUGCUGCAAGAUCCCAGCUCCAUAUAUGGAAGACAAGUUUUGACUUUACACCAUCGCAAAUCCCCGAUGACGAGCUGCAACAAACUCCUCCAGGAUCGGAAUAUGCAAGCUCGGAAUAUAUGCCCUCUGAACAUCUGCAAUCAUCUCCAUUACAGCCCGGCCAUCGACUUUCUACCCGAUCUCAAACCACCUGUGCACCAAUAGAUACCUCUCCUUUGGGUGAUCAUAUGGAUUCUUCUGACUCCGACUCUAACCAAGCAGCGCACGGUCGGAAGCGGGGCUUCAGCCAAGUGAUGUCCUCCCCACCCAGCCAGCAUUCAUCGGCGCGCCCAGCAGAUCCUAGGCCAUCGAGCGGCCAAAGCCAACACACGGCACGUUACUGUACGCAGCGAUGCUUAUUGAGUUUGCAACAAGAAGGUGAAUUGGAUCAUCAAUGCCCUAAUGUUUCUCUCCACCGGCGAGGCCAGAAUGAUGAUCGACAUUGUAUCAAUGCAAGGAAGCUUGUGCAAAUACUGAAUGAACAGCUCAAUCAUGACCUUGAUCAUAACUGCACACCAUUUGGGACUUGUGGAUUGUAUGGUGCACCCUUCAAGAUCACUUGUGCUGCAUAUGGCUACACUCUUGUUGGAAAGGGAACAACAGCCGGGCUAUGGAAAGUUGUCUCACGUGAAGCAGAAAUAUACCGGGUUCUUCAGAAAGCACAGGGUUCUGCUGUCCCUGUAUUUCUGGGGACGAUUGAUUUGAAAUUGUUCCUUUUCCUCCAUGGUGCUGGGGACAUCCGCCAUAUGCUUCUCAUGGGUUGGGCGGGGGAGAGUAUAGAGAACGUCAAAGACAAGGAAAUGCUAAGUCGUGAGAUUUCCAGGUCGAAGAAGGAAAUCCGCAUGCUGGGAGUGGUACAUAAAGACCUGCGGUCUGCCAACAUGUUAUGGAAUGAUGAGCUGCGCCGGGUCCUGAUCAUAGACUUUCACCGGUCCGACAUAGACAGGCGUCUGAUGAAAAAGCGGGUUGGAUCCCUGAAAAGGCCACUUCAUCAGGUGGGCAUGUCGAAACGACCCUGUAAUAACAAUGGCUUGACUGGGCGUAUCUCUACGACAAGAGGGUCAGACGUCCAGAGUAGCGUCUGAGCAGAGUUGGAAACAGGCCCUUGAGAAACAGCCUGAAGGUGCUGUUGCCUUCUUGUCGACUUGUUCUUCCUUUUGCCUGUGGAUUGAACUGUUCAAAUAUAUUUUAUUUCACCAGUCAAUUUCGUAUAUUUUAAUUUUACAUCUAAGAAUGAACUACACAGCUGGAAAGAUCCGAAUUUUAGGUCUAGAAGAUAUAUGUAUGAUAACCCAGUAACAGCAGCUCGUACCAUCAACCAGUAAUAACAAUUGGGUUUCAGCAAAAGUCACUUUGUCUUCCGCGUCGGAUUUUUAUCUCACGGACAGCCAAGGCAAGGAACCAACAAUCUCAAUAACUCGAUGUCGAUUCCCAUUCAUUUCAUUCAAUUAUACUCAUUCUCGACGUACCUUGGUGAAUAGUCAGCAAUAAUGCUUGCCGACACUCAAAUGCUACGUGCUACAUCCCGAUUUCCUUUCACAGAGGCCCGUAGAUCAGCAUCAUAUUGUUCUUUACUCUGUGUUUCUAUUGACUCGAGUAUCGUGGACAUUUGCCCAAGUAUUUCAAUGAUUUUGAG